CGCCACUCGUCAGUCCCUCACAGCAAAUAACUAACAUAAUAUUUCCCCCUCAAUAAUCCAAAAACCUAUUUUUAAUUCCCUCUAUUCUCUCUCUUUCUCACUCACUCACUCACUCACUCACUCACUCACUAUUUCACUCUCUCACUCCGCCGCCGCAACUUCCUCCCUCCUCCACCUCCCUUAAACCCUAACAACCUUCAUUCUCGCGGCGAGGAGAGAGAAAAUCCCUCUUCUUAAACCCCCAAAUAAUCAUCUCUUUAACUCCAUUUUUCUCUCUCCUAAACUUUCUUCGAUCAUCACUCACUACUAACAUCAGGGUUUACAAAAAUGGCAGCACCUGCAGUUCAAGAUCCCGCAGUCGUCAUAAUUCCAUCUCCUGAAAUUGUUGGCAAUGCGUUCGCAAGGCAGUAUUAUUCUAUACUUCACACAUCUCCGGCGCUUGUUUACCGAUUUUACCAGGAUGUCAGUCAGCUUGGUCGUGUUGGUGAUGGUGGUGCUAUGGGGUCCACUACUUCCAUGGAUGCUAUCGAUCAGAAGAUCCAGUCUUAUGGGAGUUUAAAGGCAGAUAUAAAGUUUGUUGAUGCGCAAGAAUCCUAUAAUGGGGGAGUGAUUGUUCUUGUUACUGGAUCCAUGAUUAAUGCUGAUGAUUCAAGGCGAGCGUUCACUCAGACCUUUUUCCUGGCUCCUCAAGACAAAGGUUUCUUUGUUUUGAAUGACAUAUUUCGAUAUGUAGAAGAUGAUUGUCUUCCUAAUGAGCAUCAGGAUGGUGGUAUAGCACCGACCACUCCAAGUCAGGGAGAGACCGUACCAGCUCAAGAAACUCUGGUUAUUGAAGAGUCCAAUGGAGAAGUGUACAAUCCGCUCGAGAAUGGUGAAGUUCUAGUGGAAGGAGAUGAGGAAGAAGAAGAGCCAGUGGCAGAGGUUGUUGACGAAGCUCCAAACAACUCACAAGUUGUGGUUGAAUCAAAUGUUAAAGCUGUCGAUGAAGCUCCGAAUGAGUCACAGGCAAUCAAGAAGUCGUACGCUUCCAUUGUUAUGAAGGAUUCUCCUGUUAGCGCACCAUCUCCCAACUUCCCGAAAUCCAUGCCUAAGGUUCAUCAGCAACAAAUACCCAUAACAGCAGCUCCUGUGCAAGUAGCCCCAUCUUCCAGUCCUGACAUGCUUGAUGAUGGUAAUAGUCAUGAGGCAGAAGGCGAUGGUAACUCGAUCUUCAUAAAGAAUUUGCCUGGUAAUGUAACUUUUAUUUUGGUUGAGGAAGCUUUCAAGAGAUUUGGCCCAAUCAAGAGUGGCGGUAUCCAAAUUCGAAAUAAUAAGGGUUUCUGUUUCGGGUUUGUGGAAUUUGAGGUGGCUGGUGCUGCACGAAGUGCUAUAGAGGCUUCACCCGUGGCAAUUGCUGGACGUGAAGUUGUGGUAGAGGAAAAGAAGUCCACCAGUUUCAGAGGAUCAAAUCGAGGACGGUUUCCCUCAGGUAGAGGUGGUGGUGGAUUUAAAGGUGAGGGAGGUAGAGGGCGUGGAAGUUUUGCGGGAGGUAGAGGGUAUGGCCGGGGUGAGAGCAACAGGAAUGAUUUUGGAAACAGGGGUGGUGGUCGAGGAUACCAAAACCGUAGUGAUGGAUUCCAGAGGAGUGAUCAAACUGGGAAUGGAGCUGGGCGUGUCAACCGUGGUGGGGGAUCAGGAAAUGGGAAUUCAAGGCCACAUAGGGUACCUGCGCAGGCUUGAGAAAUACUGAAGAAUAUAUGGUAAAGUUUCAUACCUCAAAUCCAAGUGAGUCGUCUGGUAGAUUGGUAGUAGUACUUAGGAAGGCAGUUUCUGCUUGAUUUUUUUGUCACUUCUUUCGACAGGAAUAUUUGAAUGACUUCACUCAAUUCCAUCCUUUCUAAAUUUUGGUUUCUCUGCUUUUGGGGGGUACACUAGGUAGUAUAAAAAUGUUUUUGAGUAUUAGGGUGCCUUUUUAAUGUGCAUUGUAGGGAUGAUUAAGAUCUAAUUUCAGUUGGAGGUGUAUCUAGGAAGUAUUUAAACUCAUGCUAUAAUCUUGUUUGAAAUUGUGGUAUAGUAGGAUUACUGGCAUUUGAAAUGAAUGAUUUUGAUUGAUUUUUUUGGA